AUGGACACAGGCGAGAUGUACACUGAUGAUGAUGAUGAUGAAAGCCCCUCUGAAGAUGGAGAACCCUCCAUUGACGCAGACGAGAUAUUUACUGACGAUGAUGAUGACAGCCCUUCUGCAGAUGGAGAGCCCUCAAUGAGCCCUUCUGGAGAUGGAAGAGCCGACUGCAGCCAGAUUCAAGGCAAAGAAUUGUCAACAAAAGUGUUUUCAAAGAUGGCUUACAUUGUUACAGAACAAUGGAUUCAAAUUCAGCGGCUUGAGCAGGCUCUUGAUAUUACACAAGAGAGACAGAUAGAUGUUGUUGAACUGAUCUAUCUAAACCCUGUUCCUGAAAACCCAUUAGUGCAGAAAACACCCGCGAACCCAGAAGAAGAAGAUUCAAAGCCACAGGCUUUAGAUCCUCUCUCUCUCUCUCUCAUAUUUUAUGCAAUUGAUUUCUAG